AUGAGUUUCAAAAUGAAUAAUUUAAAAGAAACGGACGAUGACUAUGUGAAUGAAAUUAAAGACCGUGAUCAAGGUAUGGCGGGCUCCCACCUAGUGUCGAGGCAACCGUACAAGGUGGCCCUGAAUGAUGGCAACCGACCAAACAAUUAUAGUGGCGUAGUAACAAGUGAGAUGCAAAAUGACAGGAAUUUUAUGAUGUCAAAUAUGAAACCAGGAGUAGAAUGGAUCGGCAUUGGCACUGGAAACACGAUGAUACAUAAAGAUGAGUACGAAAGUAUCAACUGGGGAUCUUAUGAUGUCGCCACAAGGUCUUUACUUCGUCUAACCUUUCCAAGACAGAUCUUGGCGACCCAUUGUUUGAGUAGGAAGAAGUCACCACCUGUCCCAAGUGUACAAGGAAAAAUGUGCUUGGAUCCAAGAAAAGUUGCCGAUGUAAUUCAGGAGGUAAAGAAAAAAUGUGGCGCACCAGAAAAUAAGAUUCGGAGCAUCAUUACAACUACAUGCGCUGAUGAGGCCAGGAUACGCAAAGCACGUAUGAGACAGAUACCGAUUGCUAGAGUAAACAACGAAAACCUUCCACCACCAACAGCUGAGGCUGCUACACCACCACCGGCAGCUGAACAAGGAGUAAGAAGACGCUGGAGAAAUUGA